GGGCUGCUGGUGCUGGUCACGGUGCUGGGCAAUGCCCUGGUCGUUCUGGCGUUCGUGGUGGAUCGGAGCCUUCGCACGCAGGGAAACUUCUUCUUCCUGAACCUGGCGGUGGCCGACCUGCUGGUGGGCGGCUUCUGCAUCCCCCUCUACAUCCCCUACGUGCUGACGGGCGAGUGGAGGCUCGGCAGGGGCUUGUGUAAGCUGUGGCUGGUGGUGGACUACCUGGUGUGCACCGCCUCCGUCUUCAACAUCGUCCUGAUCAGCUUCGACAGGUUCCUCUGUGUCACCAGAGCGGUCAGCUACAGGGCUCAGCAAGGGAUGACCAGAAAUGCAGUACUGAAGAUGCUGACUGUAUGGAUUGCUGCUUUUCUCCUCUAUGGGCCAGCCAUUCUCUGUUGGGAGCACAUUGCCCAAAAGAGCAUCCUCCCUGAAGGAGAAUGUCAUGCAGAAUUCUUCUACAACUGGUAUUUCCUAAUGAUUGCCUCUACUGUUGAAUUCUUUACACCUUUCAUCACAGUUAUGUACUUUAACUUAAGUAUUUACCUUAAUAUCAGGAAACGCACAUUGCUCCGAAAUGAAAAUCUCUCACCUGGUCAAGAAGACUGUGAAAUGAAUUUCCAGGGGGAAAAAGGGGAACACGCUGUGUUUUUUGUAAAGCCAGAUAACAGAGACAAUCAUGAGAAGAGAGCAAGCAGCCUUCUUCCCCCAAGGAAAGCUCCAAGGCUUCAGGCCUCAGCUGAGCUUGGCAAUCAGCCAUCAAAUCUGAAUGUCAGUUGUGACCUUCCACCCCUCCAGGUGGAUGUAAAGACUAGGCCUCCCAGGAAUGGCUUCUUCAAAGCAACAGAAAGUCUUUGCCACCCCAGCAGCAAAGUGGAUGUUGCCAACAUCAUGGCAAACAAAUCUAGACUUUCUCGGGAUAAAAGAGUAGCAAAGUCUUUAGCAGUCAUUGUCUGUGUGUUUGGGUUGUGCUGGGCUCCAUACACACUCCUGAUGAUCAUCAGGGCAGCCUGCCAUGGGCACUGUGUGCACUAUUCCCUCUAUGAGAUCUCAUUCUGGCUUCUGUGGGUGAACUCAGCCAUUAACCCUGUUCUCUACCCACUGUGUCACAUGAGCUUUAGGAAAGCCUUCAUAAAACUCCUCUGUCCAAGAAAGGCCAAAAUUCAUCCUGAUAUUCUGAUGUGAAAAGUAGGAAGGCUGAAAAUUAGUACAUAUUGUAUUUGGUGGGAACACCAAAAAGCAAGUAUUGCAAUACCUGCAAAUAUUUAUAGAAUGCUGGUUAGCAGGCACAAAUGUAGAUAUUUAUGAGUAGGUAGAAAUACAGUCAUCCAUGUAGCUGGGAAAAUCACAGCAUUAAAAGAAAGGUCAUUUUUCAAAGCUCUUUGAGAAAUUACACCACCAGUGUAUUUUCAGAUAAUGGUGCAUUGGUUUUGAAGUGCUGAGAACAAAAAAUAACUUUCAUGGCUAAUAAUUAGAGUUCAGGUUCUGUCUCUUUUAGUUACUGUAAAUAUUUCUGUAAUUUCAUAAAGCAUUAAUCCUGGAUCUGUUAUAUCUUACCCCAAACCCACUUCAAGACAUCAAGGGUCUCAAUUGUUAAGUCUAGGAUGCUUUCCCCACCUCCACUUAGUGGCAAGCCAGACAAGACACGGCCAACAAUAAAAAUACAGGAAAAGCUUGGGACAGGAGGCAGCACAACAGUGAUGUUACCAGAGAAGCUGAGCAACUGUAGCAGUUAGGGGAGCACUUAUUUGAAUGGAAAAGAUGAUGGAAAUAGAAGAGAGUGGAACAUCUAGUAGAACAAAGUCCAGGAACAGAAGUAUUAAAGGAUUUUGAGCUUUGUAAUAGAAGGUAGAAGAAUUGUUAACUUAUACACUAGAAGAGUUUCACUAGGAGUUCUCUCCCUCAGCAGUGACUUCCUGCGCCUGGCCAGGAUCCUGCAUAGGCAGAAAUCUCCUGAGGUCGAAAUUCUACUCCUUACAGGGCUAAGGACAGAGUAAGUAGUCUACAAGAUCCAUGAGAGAGCUUUAGGUAAACUUCCCUUCCAGUAAUUUAUCAGGUGAAGUGUUGAGAUAUUUCCCAGGUUAUGCAUCAUGACUGGCAUGACUCAAAGUACGUUACAAUUUACAGCCUUGCUACUGCCCAAGAGUCUCUCUGCCAUUGUGCCUGUGCCACAGGAGCAGCUCACACAACUGAUCCUGAGUUUGGAGUACAUUUGUUCCACAAGGUGUCACACUGAGUAUCACUAAUGAUAGAAGUUUUUUCCACCAUCACCAGUAUUUACUACAUAACCUAACAGAUGUUUUCCUUUUUUGACAAGUGAUAGUUACUGAACAGCUCUAAUUGUCCAUUGUCACAGUCAAAAUGCAUGGUAAUACAAUUGAUCUUAAAGUUUACAGGCAGUAAAAUUAUUUACUUUGUAAACUUCCAAUAAAAGUAAUUAAGAGCUGUG